UGAACUUCCCGGAAAGAGAGACGCAAGCCGAGCAAAAGAUUAGCAUUUUCCACCGGUUCUUUCUCUUUGUCCAUCCACCUCCCUGCUGAAGCAACAUCUUUACCUACACUAUGGCGAAUGUUGUUGACACAAAAUUAUACGACAUUCUCGGAGUGUCUCCAUCUGCGUCUGAAAGCGAAUUGAAAAAGGCAUACCGGAAGCUGGCAAAAGAAUACCAUCCUGACAAGAACCCAAAUGCUGGUGAUAAGUUUAAAGAAAUCAGCUUUGCCUAUGAGGUGCUGACCAACCCAGAAAAGAAGGAUCUUUAUGAUCGCUAUGGAGAACAAGGCCUGCGGGAAGGCGGUGGGGGCGGCCCGGGUAUGGACGACAUCUUCUCCCACAUCUUUGGUGGUGGGCUCUUUGGCUUCAUGGGUGGUCAGGGUAGUCGCUCCAGGAAUGGAGGCCGGAGAAGAGGAGAGGACAUGGUCCAUUCACUCAAGGUGUCACUGGAGGAUCUCUACAAUGGGAAAACAACUAAACUACAACUUAGCAAGAAUGUACUGUGUAGCACUUGUAAUGGUCAGGGAGGCAAGACGGGUGCUGUACAAAAAUGUACAACGUGUAGGGGGCGUGGCAUGCGCAUCAUGAUCAGACAGCUGGCCCCAGGGAUGGUCCAACAGAUGCAGUCUGUGUGUACUGAUUGUAAUGGUGAAGGUGAAGUUAUCAGUGAAAAAGACCGCUGUAAAAAAUGUGAGGGCAAGAAAGUUGUGAAGGAGGUGAAGAUUCUGGAGGUACACGUGGACAAGGGCAUGAAGCAUGGCCAGAAAAUUACCUUUGGAGGGGAAGCUGACCAGGCACCUGGUAUUGAGCCUGGGGAUAUAGUCCUUGUCCUACAGGAAAAAGACCAUGAGACGUUUAGUCGAGAAGGCAAUGAUCUGUUCAUGAACCAUAAGAUUGGGCUUGUGGAGGCGCUGUGUGGCUUCCAGUUUAUGCUGAAACACUUAGAUGGCAGACAUAUCGUUGUGAAGUCCCCUCCUGGCAAAGUCAUUGAACCAGGUUCAGUCAGGAUCGUGCGAGGAGAGGGCAUGCCACAGUACCGAAACCCCUUUGAGAAGGGAGAUCUGUAUAUCAAGUUUGAUGUCCAGUUCCCAGACAACAACUGGAUCAGCCCUGAGAAACUUGCAGAACUGGAGGACAUGCUGCCCUCACGCUCAGAGCCACCUAUCAUCACUGGAGACACAGAGGAGGUAGACCUGCAGGAUUACGACAUCAGACAGAGCUCGACAUCAAGCGGCCGCAGAGAGGCUUACCAUGACAGCUCCGAUGAAGAGGGCGGCCACCAUGGGCCAGGGGUACAGUGCGCCCACCAGUAAUCUCUUAUUUUAUCACUUGCGAUUCACAUUCUACUGUGGGAGUUCUGGAGUAAACAAGGGUGUAGGUCAGACAGGUAAGGCUUGGUAGUGCCUCAGACACAGAUCAGACAUAGAGCCUGGAAUUGUUGGGGGGCUCUUAUUGACAGUGUGCAUGGAUUAUUAUUGUUAUUAUUAUUAUUAUUAUUAUUAUUAUUAUUAUUGUGAUCUUUGUCUGAGGAACCACCAUUUGAGCAGAUUUAGUCACUUUAAACAGCAUCAGAUAGAGGUGAUAUAAAUUAUUUAAGAUGUAUGAAAACUAAUGGACCCUCCCAGUGAACUCCAUACCCUGCAGAGCUAAGAUCUGGGGUUCAGUGUGAUGACAUGACCCCCCCACCCUUGCAUUCCUGUUACCCCUGUAAAAGUUCAUUCUCCUCUGCUAAUGGGAACUCCAGAUCAAAAAAGGAAUGUCUCUUGUUUGCUGGGUGUGUGACUUGCAUUUUGUUUUCAUAGCAUUUGCAAUAAUUAAUUUAAAUCUAACCAGUGUGCAUACAUAAAGCAGCUGAUCAGUGUGACAUGCAGGUCCUUGGACUCAUGUUCAUGGACUCAUCACUUGGCUCCAUUUGUAAGAUUUGUUUCUGAUUUUAUGGCUUUAUUUUCUUUGUAGAUUUUUACUUGUCUUUUUUUUCUUUAUUUUAAUUCUAACCAGAGCUUGGUUAUUAUGUGUAUCAUUAAACUGGUGUCGGUAAGCUUCAUCAGCUGCUAUAUUCAAAGCUGUGUGUUUAAAAAAAAAAAAGAAAUCAUAAAGGCCUGUAGAUUCUAUCUGUGUUGAUACAAUGUGCAUGUAAAAAGAUUUGGUUCCUGCACUUAGCAAACAUCAGUCAAAUAAAGCAGCACAAGUAA